CAAAUGCAGGGAACAGUCAGGAAAUCGAUCUGCAAAACUCAUGAUUUCGAAUUGAUUGCCAAUCAAUAAAUGAACGAUUAUCAUGACUGACCAGCAGAAAAGAAGCGGCUCAGGCUCUCUUGAUUCGAAUUUUCAUCUCUGUCUCACCACCCUCAAACCAGUUGCCCGUAGACUCAAUUCGCUUAAAAGCCUUCUUGAUAUCCUCCAGGUAGAGCCGACUCGAUGCCGUCCUCACCUUCUUCGGCAGAUGCGGGCAAAUGCGCAUUGUAUAACUAACGACCUUCUGGUACAUAGCUGUCUUCAGGGGCUGAUUGUGAAGCCAUGCUCGCUCCGGAACCCUUCCGGAGGCCAAUACAACGUUGAGAGCCUUGCAACCAGCACAUCAGGCUUGAACCACAGCGGUCUGCCCCUCGGAAAGAGAAGAUCACGCGCGAGCGACUUCGCUCACCCGGUAAUCUCAAGCGUCUCGACGUUAUGGUCCCAAUACGCACAGCAGUCCGCUAGUGUUGGUGACCACAUAUCUGAAUGCAUCCAUCCCGAGGCUCGUUCCAUAGACAGCGGACUCUUUGUAUAGCGCUUCGAUCUUGAAGGUGGGCAGCUUGCCAAAGAGGGCCUUGUGGACAAGGACCAACGAUACGAAGAGCGAUGUUGCGGUCCACUUGUGUAGUUCGGGAUCCUCAGCAUAGUAGUUCUCGCCCUUGACUUCGGCAUGAGCGGCGUAGAUACCUGAGAAGAUGGCUUGCUAUUCUUCUAGAAUACCGAAGACGGCAGAUUUGAGAAAGCGGGCCGUAGUCUGAAGUCGGUUCAAAAUGCGAUGGGCGAAGUGGGAAUGCAUGUAGGACCUUUAUGCGAGCCCUGGGCGGGUAAAUUAGCCUCCGAGGAGG